GGGAAAAGCAACAGCGUCCGGUCUGGGGCCGCGCGGCCUGGCCAGACCCGGGGCCGGCGCGCCCUCUCCUCGAGGAGCUCGAGAGAUCAAGACCAUGGACACGUUCACCAGGAACCAGGUGGGCCCUGGAUGCAAGACCCCAGCAAUGGUGCAGAAAGGCCCCUUGGACCUGAUUGAGACGGGCAAAGGGCUGAAGGUGCAGACGGACAAGCCCCACCUAGUGAGCCUGGGCAGCGGGCGGCUCAGCACAGCGAUCACCCUGGUGCCGCUGGAGGAAGGGAGAACAGUGAUCGGCUCUGCGGCCAAGGACAUUGCCCUGCAGGGGCCAGGCCUGGCUCCCGAGCACUGCUACAUAGAGAACCUGCGGGGCACCCUCACCCUCUACCCGUGCGGCAAUGCCUGUGCCAUUGACGGGCUCCCUGUCCGGCAGCCCACCCGGCUCACUCAGGGCUGCAUGUUGUGCCUGGGCCAGUCCACCUUCCUCCGGUUCAACCACCCCGCUGAAGCCAAGUGGAUGAAAAGCAUGAUCCCGGCAGGGGGGCGGGCCCCGGGCCCCCCCUACAGCCCCGGCCCAGAGUCAGAAAGCCUAGUGAACGGGAACCACCCCCCGCAGCCUGCAGCCCAGGGCCCCGCGGCCUACGCCAGCCACAGUUCCCUGGUGAGCUCGAUUGAGAAGGACCUGCAGGAGAUCAUGGACUCCCUGGUGCUCGAGGACCCCGGCGCCGGUGGCAAGAAGCCUGCUACCGCGUCCACACUGUCACCGAUGGCUAACGGGGGUCGCUACCUGCUGUCGCCCCCGACCAGCCCCGGCGCCAUGUCCGUGGGCUCCAGCUACGAGAACACCUCCCCGGCUUUCUCUCCACUCUCCUCACCAGCCAGCAGCGGGAGCUGUGCCAGCCACUCGCCCAGUGGGCAGGAGCCAGCCCCUCCUGUGCCCCCGCUGGUGCCUGUGCGCUCCUCCAGUUACCAUCUGGCCUUGCAGCCCCCACAGUCCCGGCCCAGUGGGGCCCGCCCCUCCGAGAGCCCCCGGCUGGGCAGGAAGGCGGGGCAUGAGCGGCCCCCCAGCCCCGGCCUCCGGGGUCUGCUGCCAGCCAGCCCCACCGCUCCUGUCCUGGCGGAGGCCCACAGAGCCACCGAGAGCCCCUGGCUGGGUGGGCAGCUGCCCGUGGUGGCCAUCAGCCUGAGUGAAUACCCAACUUCUGGUGCCCACAGCCAACCCACCAGCGUUCCUGGCAGUCCCAAGUUCCAGCCUCCGGUCCCUGCACCCCGAAACAAGAUGGGUGUGCUCCAGGAUCGCCCCCCCAGCCCUCUCCGAGAGCUGCCCGGCCCCGAGCGCGGGUUGGCAAGCAGCCCCUCACGCCAGUCGGUGGGCCGAACGUUCUCGGACGGGCCGACCCCCCGCACCCUGCAGCCCUCUGAGAGUCCCCGCCUGGGCCGCCGGGGCCUGGACAGCCUGCGGGAGCUCCCUCCCCUGAGCCCGGCUCUGUCCCGACGGGCUCUGUCCCCCCUGCCCUCGCGGUCCACCCCAGACCCCAAGCUGACCAGGGACGUGGCAGAGAGCCCUCGGCCCCGGCGCUGGGCAGCCCACGGCACUCCGCCAGAGGACUUCUCGCUGACACUGGGGGCGCGGGGCCGUAGGACACGGAGCCCCUCGCCCACCCUCGGGGAGUCCCUGGCCCCCCGCAAGGGCAGCUUCAGUGGCCGGCUGAGCCCCGCCUACAGCCUGGGCUCCUUGCCGGGGGCUGUGACCCGACAGAGCCCCCGUGCCCGGAGGAAGCUCUCCAGCGGGGACUUGCAGGUGCUGGCCCCCCGGGAGCGGAAAAACAGCAUCACCGAGAUCAGCGACAACGAGGACGACCUGCUGGAGUACCACCGGCGGCAGCGCCAGGAGCGGCUCCGGGAGCAGGAGAUGGAGAGGCUGGUGAGCAGGGAGGUGGGGGUGCGGGGGGCCCGGGAACCCCCCCCCAGGAGGUGGGGUGCGGGGGGCCCGGGAGCCCCCCCAAGAGGUGGGGUGCGGGGGGCCGGGAGCAUCAGCAGGAGGUGGGGUGCGGGGGGCCGGGAGCACCAGCAGGAGCACGAGGACGCGCCCAGCGCCAGGCUGCAGGGCGAGGUGCUGGCCCUGGAGGAGGAGCGGGCGCAGGUGCUCGGGCGCGUGGAGCAGCUCAAGGUCCACGUGAAGGAGCUGGAGCAGCAGCUGCAGGAGUCGGCCCGCGAGGCCGAGAUGGAGCGGGCGCUGCUGCAGGGCGAGAGGGAGGCCGAGCGGGCGCUGCUGCAGCAGGAGCAGAGGGCGGCGGACCAGCUGCAGGAGAAGCUGCUGGCCUUGGAGACGGGCGUCCAGAAGGAGAGGGACAAGGAGCGCCUGGCAGUGCUGGACAGUCAGGCCGGGCAGAUCCGGGCUCAGGCCGUGCAGGAGUCCGAGCACCUGGCCCGGGACAAGAAUGCCUCCCUGCAGCUGCUGCAGAAGGAGAAGGAGAAGCUGACGAUGUUGGAGAGAAGAUACCACUCACUCACGGGAGGCAGGCCUUUCCCGAAGACCCCGUCGACCCUCAAAGAGGUAGUGGUGGGGUCAGCCCAGCUUCAGGCCGAGGGGUCUCCCUGGGAGGUUCUGGAGCAAGGUGGCACUUUCACCCCAAUGGCUGAGGCUGAGGAUGGGGCCUGUUCCUGGACAGAGAUGGGAGUGGGAAUGGUCCUGAGGCUGGGAUUUGACUCUCGAUGGCUGCCAGCUGCCGCUGCUGCUGUUACAUCUUCUUUUUUUAAAUGUAUUUUUAGCCCGACCAGCAU